AUGUGGCUGCCCUCAGCUCUUCUCCUUCUCUGCCUCCCAGGCUGUCUGUCACUGACGGGCCCUGGCUCUGUGGCGGGCACCACGGGGAGCUCUCUGCAGGUCCGGUGUCAGUAUGAGAAGGCAUACAAGGGGCAUAACAAAUAUUGGUGCCGAGGAAAGUAUGGCAGAGGGUGUCGCAAGAUUGUGGAGACCAAAGGAGAAGAGAAAGAAAAGAGGAAUGGCCGCGUGUCCAUCAGAGACCACGUGGAUAACCUGACCUUCACAGUGACCAUGGAGAACCUCAACAUGAAUGACGCUGGAUCCUACUGGUGUCGAAUUCAGACCAUCUGGAUCCUGGACGUGCUGUCCUGGGACCCCUCGGUCCAGGUUGAGGUGUCUGUUUUCCCAGCACCAAGUACCACCCCAGGGAACACCGCCUGUCUGGCUGUACCGGACACCCUCCAGACAGUGAAUGAUGGACAGAACCUCAGCACCAAGGAGAUGUUGACCCACUGCCCGGGGUCCCGGCUCAGCAAUAUCCACUUCCUGCUCCUGGUCUUCCUGAAGCUGCCCCUGUUCCUGGGCAUGGUCGGGGCUGUCCUCUGGGUGAACAGACCUCAGAGGCACCCUGGAGGAAGGGAGAGACAGCUUGACCCUGGAAGUCCACCGCCGCUCUUCCUCUCGGAGGAACGGAUGCAGCAGAAGGUGGGCUUGGUGGACCCCUGGACACCCGGCCCAUGGUGCUUGAACCCUCAGAGUGGGCAGAAGAGGUCUGAACACCCGUUAGAAGACAGCGGCUCCCCUGCUGAAAAUAAGAAAAUGAGUUCCUUUCAUCGCGAUCAGAGGGCGUGCCUGGGAGUAGACCUCAAGGCACAGAUCCUGGCGGUGGAAUCUCAUGGUGACCGAGGGGGAGUCUUUCGACCAGGGGCUUAA